AUGUCGAACGAAAACGCUUUGGACUUACACCAUGUUCACCAGUGCUUCCAAAGAAGCCUGAAAGAGGAAGAUGACGUUGUCAUUGAAGCGUACAUAGAAGGUUACAACGAAUUAGUCAAGUUUCUCAACUUAAUAGGAUCAGUAUUCUCAUUUGUAAGUAGUGAUGUGAAGAGUAAAAUCAAAGUAAUGGAGAAGCAUAGAGAAGGAGAGGAUGCAGUACACUAUGACUCGUUUAAGAAGAUGAUGAAGUAUGAAAAAGAGACAAACUUGUAUGACAAGAACGGAUUUGUCUCUGGCUCAAGGACUAUGCUGCGAUUGCAUCGAGGAUUAGACUUCAUACGUUUGUUCCUGAAGCGUCUGAGCGAGGCGGACGAGAACAUGAACACGUGUACCACGUGCCAGGGCUCCUACAACGAGACCCUGGCCAACUUCCAUCCCUGGUACAUUAGGAAGGCAGCCACUUUAGCCAUGCACGCGUUACCUUCGAGACCGGAUUUGUUAAAAAAGAUCUUCGGUACGGACGAAAGCUUGACAGCAGCGCUAGCAGUGUUGCCCCAAACACUGAAUUCUUGCGACGAAGUAUACAGACGCGUAGAACAACUAUACACAGACUUUGAAUUCCACGAACUUCCUUAA